UCCGCAAUCCACAAGAGCACACAGCUAUUACAAGGAAAUAGCCCAGAAAUGGCACCAAUAUCAGACAGCGACGCGGACUCGCUCUUCCGCCUCGAGCGCAUCUCCCAAUGGAUCUCGCUGCCGCCAGCAAGCCUCUCGAACCCGCUCCCAGCCCUCUGCGCAUCCUUCUUCUCGCCCCUCCUCCUCACAUACUACCCUCCCGCCGGCGGAAUCGUGCUCGCAUGGCAAGACAUCGAACUGAGCGACGAGCCUCCCACUCCACAGCCUCAGCAUCCCAAACCCUCCGCAUCACGCAAAACAUCACAGCGAGCUUCAAAACGCGCGGCGGCGGACGCGGAAAGCGGCAUCUCUGAGUCCGAGGGAGAAGAUGGAGAAGAAGAGCAAGAGAAGCCUCUCCUGCUCAAAGUCGUGGACGAAUACUCGGCCCCCUUCGUCUGGGCGACGGCUACCUUGCUCGUGUUCCGGCCGCGCAAAAACGCCUGGGUCGAGGCGCACCUCACGACGCAGACGGCUACGCAUAUUACGCUGUCGUAUCUGAAUGCGUUUUCGAUUUCUGUGCUGCGGAACCACAUGCCGAGGGAUUGGUCGUGGUGCGAUUCGUCUGCGGGCGGUGCGUUUUCGAUGACGGGUGGGCAGGGUUCGGGCGUUGGGGGCGAGGGGUACUGGAUGGAUAAGGAAGGGAGGCCGGUGGAGAGGGCGAUCAGGUUACGGAUAAGAGAUUGGGAUGCGCGGUUCGAGGCGAAGGGGGGUAGAGGUUUUCUGAGGAUUGAAGGGAGCUUGUUGGAGGAGGCUGAAGAGAGGGAUGCAGGUGAGCGGUGGGAGGGCGAGAGGAGGACGGCCAAAGCGAAGAGCGCUCUGAAAGCAUCGACAAGCAGGGCGGGUGCACAGGAAGGUGGACGUGCAAAUGCGGAGGCUAUGGAGGCGGACUGAAGGACGCCGUUAUUCAUCACCGAAGCCGAGUUCGUACAGCGAGGAAGCCGCCUCCCAUCAAGCGCACUCAACACCCGGAGAAAAUCACCGCUAGGUCACCGAACCUGGGGACGCGGCAGGCCAGAAGAGAAGAAGAGGACGCAGUCAUCACUCGCUAUAGCGCAAACGCAGGUCGAUUCUGUUGAGGUCUUCGAAGGCUUUGCGCCUGUGUUGUGCGCUCAACCAAAUGCAGCUAGCGACCAGUGUAAACUUGAUACCCCCCGGGUUCCAGGCAAAAUGUAAUGAUCCAUGCAAAUUCCAACGCCUUGAC